UCGCGGUGGAGGACUUUUGGACCGCGAGAAGAUUCGGAUGCCUCGAGAAAGGUAAAGUGAAAGCAGAUACACGGUGGAUGACCGACGAGUGAACCUCGGACUCGGCAAGGGCCGAGGGUGUCUCGAACGCGUAUCGACUCAAGAGGAAUCGAGCAUCGAUCGACGGAAGAACGGUCGAUGCAGAGGAGGACUCUCGACUCGCUCGGAAACGGAAGGACCGAAGAAACUCGCGUUACCUUAAAUCUGGAUCCUCGCCUCGGGCGAGCAGCCGUUGUUCCCGCGAGAGCACGCAAGUGGGGGUAAGGCUAGUCGUUGGCGCGCUUCGAAAGCCCGCACGGGAAGGCAAUCUGCUCGAAUCCGGCGGAGCGCGAGCAGGUUAUCCCGUGGUGAGCGCGUUUCUCGUCGGGCCGCUAUUGGAGAAAGGAGUCGAGAGAUCGGACUUGGCCGCAAGGAGAAACAGAGAUCGACUCGGAGCCGUGAAACGAGCCAGGAACAUCGGAGCGAAAGAGACCAAGAGGAGGGAGGAACGAAGAGAAGGGCACACACGUCCAUAGGUAGUCACGAGCUUCGACGAAGCGCCUGCGCUCGCGAGCACUCCUCGCCGUCACCUCGUCGCAUCGACCACGCUCUCGUCCACGUAGCCGGGACCGACAGCCGACGCGAAAGCUCGCGCCACGAUGAAUCGCGACCGCCGUCGGCCCGUCGGACAGAAUGUCAUUCUGCUUCGCUAAUCGGACGCAGGAAGCCACGACGAACCGUGGCGUCGAUUGGCUCCUGCGCCACCGCGACUCACCAACUGGCUCAACUUACUUGUGACUCUGUGUGGGUGUGAGUGCGAGUGCACGCGGAUCGAGCCGACUCGCUGGCAUCGCGAAACGUCAAAACCGAAACCGAUACGAUCCUCUCGGUCCGAACUUUCCGCGGAAUAUUUUCUUGUGCAAACACCGACACGACUCCAUCCGUUGCGACGAAUCGCGAAACAAGACCCACCCCCCGAAUCCAGUCGCGAGUCAACAAGGGUGCGCGAAGAACCGAGGCGUAGGCGUCGGCGUCAACGUCGGGACACUGAGGGACAUCGGGACGAGCCGAAAGCUGUGGAAAUAACCGUCGGAUGCAAAAGCAGGAAGAGGAACGGCUCGAGCUUAGGGACGGCGUAGCUGCAGAAGUGGAGGCAGAGGGGGACGGCGAGGAGGAGGAGGAGCUGGUGCCCGGUGUGGAGGGGGUGGAGGUGAUCGUCUGGUGAUGAUGAUCGGUGGCGGCGUCGCGACCCCUCCUGGUACUGCCAAGUCGGCGGCUGCGAUCGACAGCGAAAUGGUGCAGGUCGACGGCAUUGGCAGUGGUAGUGUCAGUGGCAGUGCUAGUGGUAGUGGUAGCCCCGCGACAGGCGCGACUACUACGCGUCUCACCGCCGCCAGUAACGCCACCGCCAACAACAAUAACAACAACAACAACAACAACAACAACAAUAAUAACGGAGACGUUGCAAAUAAUAACAACAACGAAGUUCACCAGGCGGUGAAUUGCAGCGGCGGAUCCACCGCGGCUGCCGACAAGUUUUGCUGUCACGACGACGAUGCACCCGUUAGCACCGGCGUCGCGCGGCCUUGGGAACCACCCUCGCCGACCUUCUCGCAGACGAGGUCGCAUCUGCUUCGAGUUCAUCCGCCACAUCCUCAUCAACAUCCAGCUGCGCACCACCAUCAACAGAUGACCGUGCCGCCGGUGUCUUUGAUCGACGGCGUGAGCUUGCAAAACUGUACCGCGGGGCCAUUUGCUAGCGGUAAUGGCGGCGGAGCCAGUCGACAACGAUUGUUGGAGCUGUCGCAUGGAUUAGGUGCUCUCAGACACUACAACGAUCUGGCCAACCAUGUGUUGUCGUUGAAUCAACAAGGUGCUGUCGUCACGAAACUUUUGGGUACGCUACGUCCGCCAGGUUUAAUCGGUGGCAGUAAGCCAAAAGUUGCGACGCCGGCCGUAGUCGCCAAGAUCGAGCAAUACAAGAGAGAAAACCCGACCAUCUUCGCGUGGGAGAUUCGAGAGAGACUCAUCUCCGAAGGCGUCUGCAGCAACGCUACAGCGCCAUCCGUGAGCAGCAUCAACCGAAUACUGCGGAAUCGCGCCGCGGAACGGGCGGCUGCGGAAUUCGCAAGAGCAGCCGGAUACGGAUUGUACGCCGCUGGGCCGCAUCCGUAUUUCAACAGCGCCCAUCAGCAUCCGACGACGAGCCACCAUUUGCCCGCCGGCUGGCCGGCGCCAGGGGCGACGGGACAUCCUUGGAUGUUGCCGCCGUUGGCUACCGGAAUCUCAGGCGCUGCUUCCGCUCUGCUGCUGCCCCCGUCCUUGAGCCCAGGAGCUGCCGCUGCCGCGGCCGCAGCCGCCUCCGCGUCGGCGGCAGGCACAGCGGACCACUCCCUGCACGCUGACGCGAUCGCUCGGGGAUAUUUGCAAGACGGUGACGGAGACGACGGAAGUUUAGACGGAUCGGAGCAGCCCAAGUUCCGACGAAAUCGCACCACUUUCAGUCCGGAACAGCUGGAGGAGCUCGAGAAAGAGUUCGAGCGUUCUCACUAUCCUUGCGUGUCUACGCGCGAACGACUAGCCUCCAAGACCUCUCUCUCGGAAGCUCGUGUACAGGUUUGGUUUUCCAACAGACGGGCAAAGUGGCGUCGUCAUCAGCGUAUGAACCUCUUAAAGCGUUCGCCACCGCCACCUCCACCGCCUCCGCCGCCGCCGCCACCGCAGCAGCAGCAGCAGCAGCAGCCACCGCCGCCGCCGCCACAGCAUUCCGCAUCCGGUAUGGAAAUAAGCCGUACGUCAAGCUGCUCAAUCGCCGGAAUGGGAGGAGAAAGUAGCGCGUUCCGCGCGGUCGUCGCCAACUCCUCGUCCAGAGAGACGACGGAUAGGAACGAGAGGAUCGACAGGGUCGAUCCGGUCGCCAAACAGCCCGAAAGAAAACCGAGCGCCUUCAGGAUGAUCAGUCAGUUGGUCGGCGAGGAUUCGCCAAGCAUACCAAGGCCCUCGAGCCCGACAUACGACCACCAAAGGCACGGAUCCAGCCUCGGCCCAGGAGCUCCAUCCGACUCGGCGAACAAAGAUGACUCGGAGCACAUCGACGACGAGGAGGACGACGAAGAGAUCGACGUUCAAGACUCGGACCAGGACGUUCCCUCCUCGCCGACCGUUGCCUGGCGGGAUCACUGGACGGAUCAGCAACCCUUGGAACUGACCAAACACGAUCGUUGAAUAUCUUCUCCGCGCUCGACGACCAACGAUCGAUCGAUCGAUCGGUGCACGGUGUUGUGCUACGUUUGGAAAUCCAUCGAUCCGAAUUCGAACCUUGUCGCGAUUUCAUCGUCUCGUAUCGAGAACGCUAAAAUCAAAGUACUCCGAAAAAACUCUCGAUCCGUUUCCGUAGAUCGCCGGUGAACCGUCGAGUCCCGAGCUCAGGCGGAACAACGAACUCGAUUCGAUCCUGAAAUUUGAACAUGAACUCUAAAUUGCCGGUUCAGAAUCUCAUCGAGGAACGGUAACGAAUGGGAGAGCCGUUCUAUCGUUUGCUUAAUAUCUCUUACUCUUUAUUCGUAUCGACGAGCUUCGGCCAAUCGCACUUGGUACUUGUGCAGUUUCAUCGGUGAGGUCGUACGACCGCAUCGCCCAGAUUUCGUGCUAGCAAGAGCCCCGAAGAUGCGAAAGGUAGCUGAGAAAUUUCUUUGCUUCCACGAUCGUCUCGGAAUUUGGACCAACUAGCAGAUUCGACGACGAAACGCGAAAAUAUUGCUCUUUGUACCAAAAAUAUUACUUAUUCCACGAAGAAGAGUCUUUUUCAAUAUUAGGGUGUCCAAAAGGAAAACGACCCGGGCCUUUCUCGAUUUUCGAGAGAGCCUCCUGUACCUAUACAGCUACUUACUACGAUUACGGUCCAUUUAUUACGAUUAAGAUUACGCUAAGUGCUACGAAGAUCGUUGUGUAACGUUAAAGCGCAAUAUACGCCGGGGUCGUUGAGACGUUCGUCAUCGUCGGCCGUGAAUCAUCGGCGAUUUUAGAUAGGUAAUUAAUUGCUUGCUCGAUACGUAUCGCCUACCGAUCGUCAACGGUGCGCUUUUAGAAUUCCACGCGGCGUCGGCGAGACUUCUGAAAGACGCUUAAACGUGCAACGCGCAGAGACAGUGUCCGAGCCUAUUUGGAACUAGUCCUAGCCGAAUCAUUAUUGCCGCGGAUAAUGUAUCGUCUAGGCACAGCAUAGAUAGGAGUAGGUGUCGAAAGGAUAAACUCUGUAAGCAAACUCUGUUAAAUCGACUUUUAUUUAAAUGAAUUCGUUUGUAAAUAUCCACACGGCUUUAAUAAUGCUCUUUUACAAUCCAAAACGUCUUUGAAACGAUUCGACAUCACACGCUCCCACUCCCCCUCACCCUCCCCUUGCCACCAAUAUGAAUCCAGGAGAUUCGAAUCCAAAGAUAAUUUUCUCUAAACUUGCAUAUCGUAUGUUUUCCUUUAUAUUUCAGUUUACCAGCAAACCGUGAAAGUUGCUACGGUGACUUUGAUAUAGGAACAACAAGUUUGACGAAGGAAUGAAAAGAUAUCGAGGCAGGUGGUGGAAAAUUUAAUUUUGCAACGUAAAGUCGAGGCGAGCUGAUUUUUUGUGGAAUAGAGUUAUACACGGAAGAAUUUGUAACUUUUGAAUUUUGCGGGAACGACGCGCGAGAAGAGACGAGACGAGACGAGACGAGACGAGACAAGACGAGACGAGACGAGACGAGACGAGACGAGACGAGACGAGACGAGACAAGACGAGACGCGCGAGCAGGAGGACGGGCGAAAGACUCGUCGACGAUUAACUCGAAUCUACGGUUUCGUUGGGCUCGCAAAUAAGGAAUCUGCGCGCGAAACUGGUUUCUCGGCGACACUCUUUCGGGACACGGGCGGAAUCGGUCGUUGGCGGACAGCACGAAAACACCGGAUCCACCGACAUUUCGGAUAUCGUGGUCCCCGUCAGCGGUUAACGCGACUACCAAAUUUAUAACCACGAUUGGACCGGGGAUGCGCGCACGGCAGAGAAAGAACGAACGAUCGGAAGAGAAGGAGAUUCGAGGCUGGACAAGGAACCGGGACCGUGAGACCAAAAAGGACUCGGUCGCGUUGUAAUUGAAACAAACGUGACAAACGCUCGCUUUACGGUGUUGCAAGCCAAACUCUGUGGGCAGUUGCAACGUCGAGGGGUCGGAAGUUUAUUUAGAAUUUGCUAAUCUCGGACGAACCGGUGGGUGAUUAUCGUCAAGAGUCGUUGGGAAGAAGGACGUCGUAGAACGAAACUGUAGCGAAUCCGCUAAGGCUGUUAGUUGUUGCCCGUUUCGCGAAUCUUUCUUUCCUCCACGUGUUUCGUGUAAUCGAAGUAAAGAAUGCAAAAUACACUCCAAGAGAUCCAUUUGAAUCGAGGAAUCGGUAUCCCGGGCGGUGAAAUCGGCCGCACAAUAGAAGAGAAAAGAAAAAAGAGAAAAGAGAAAAGAGAAAAGAGAAAAGAGAAAAGAGGAAAGAGGAAA